AUGUCCCAGAGCAAUAUCUUUAUUGGCGCCUUGAAAACCCAAUCGGAAACCCAACGGAUUAAGCCAUUAACUAUAGAGGGUAGGCAAUCUAAUAUAUACUACGUUAAGGAUAGAAGGUUUACAGCAGCAGCAGCCAGAGUUAAAAAGAAUAUAUUUUCACAUGGACCUGACGAAGAUUAUGGAGCAGUAGAACAGCCUUCUGAAAUAGUUGAUAUGCCAAUUGAAGAGUAUAGAAUUAAAAAAACCGAGUUUUUAAAAAAAUUAAAACUCACAAAUGAAGAAAUAAAAUUAUUGGAAAGAAGUACUAUUAAUCAAUCACAAAUCGAUGAAUGGAGAAGGCAAAGAAAAAUGAGACUCACAGCUUCAAACUUUGGAAAAGUUGCCAGAUUGAGAUCAACCACUUCUCGCGAAAAUACAGUCAAAUUUAUUUUAUACGACUUAUUUCGUGGUAAUGCUGCAACGAAGUAUGGAAUUCAGAAUAAACCUUUGGCAAAAAAUAAUUUGGAGUCAAAGCUUGGAACAGCAAUAUUACCCUGUGGGCUUUUUGUUGAUAAUAAUUUGCCUUUUUUGGCUGCUAGUCCAGAUGGUUUGAUAAGUUACGAUUCUAUUGUUGAAAUUAAAUGCCCAUCAUCCAUAAAAGAUUAUACGCCAGAAGAGGCCUUUCAUGAAAAAAAAUUAAAAUGUAUGACGCACAAUGAUGGAAAUUUACAGCUGAAAACAUCACAUGCAUACUUCUAUCAAAUUCAAGGACAACUACAUAUAACUAAUAGAAAGUUUUGUUAUUUUUGUAUAUGGACACCUAAAGGACUUAUAGUAGAGAAAAUUGAAAGGGACGACAAGUUCUGGAUGGAUAUAGAACCAAAGUUGAAGAAGUUUUACAUGGAAUGUUUACUUCCGGAAAUAAUUGAUUCGCGACUUGACCGAGGACUUCCACUUAGAACAGGCUUAUAA